AUGGACCUUAUUGAUGGCUUCGUCAUCUGGACUCUUAUGGUUACAUGUGAAGGGAUGAAGACAGUUCAUCCUGAAUGUUCUAUAGUAUUGCAUCUACAAGAAAAAGAAGCUGAAUGUCAGCUCCGAAUUGGUUUAACACAGUCUUUGUUCAACUAUAAUGCUACCAAUACAGGUUGUCUGGUUGAGUGGGAUGGUGUGAACUGCUGGCCUGCGGUCAGUGUAGGAGAGAGAGUCUCAGUGUCUUGCCCACCUCCUCUCCUCAAGUCCCAUGAGCUGAUCACCCGCAUCUGCACUAGUGAGGGAUGGAGUAGGCUGAGUGUGUCUUAUUACAAUGCCUGCUUUCAGGAAAACAGCACAGAGCAGGAAGAGACUGGUCACACACGAGAGUACUUUGCCAGGGUGAAGUUGAUAUACACUGUUGGGUAUGGCGUGUCCAUUGGCUCUCUCUGCAUUGCAGUCUUCAUCUUCUGCAUCUUUAGGAAGCUUCUGUGUACACGGACCUACAUCCACCUCAACCUCUUCUCCUCAUUCAUCCUGAGGGCUUUGGCUGUGUUUGUAAAGGAUGCAGUGUUAUUCGCGGAUGAGACUGUCAAUCACUGCACAGUCUCCACGGUUUUGUGCAAGGCUGUGGUGACAUUUUUCCAGUACUGUGUGUUAUCAAAUUUCUACUGGCUGCUCAUUGAGGGACUUUAUCUUCAGACACUGCUAGCAUUCACCUUCACCCACACAAGAACAUUUUUCUGGUGCUAUAUUCUUAUUGGCUGGGGGGUACCAUCUGUCACAGUAAUAAUCUGGACAUUCUUCAAACAUAAAUAUGAUAAUCAUGGGUGCUGGGAUGACCUGGACAGUGGCUAUUGGUGGAUCAUCAAAAUUCCCAUUUUGCUCUCUGUAUUUUAUGGCAUUUCUUUGAAGGGUUUCAUUGUGGCAUUGUUAUAUUGCUUCUUGAUCUGUGAGGUGCAGAAUGAAAUAAGAAAAGAGAUUGGGAAGUAUAAGUUCCGAACUGACAACAACACUUUCCAAAUGGCAACCCAGGACUUCACUGCAUAA